AUGGCGUUUUGGGGUAUUGAGAUUAAGCCAGGAAAUCCAAUCAAAGUCGAAGCAAACGAUGGAUAUUUUAUCCAUCUCUCUCAGGUUACACUUGGUGAGUCGAAGAAGGUGAAAGAUGAGAUUGUACCCGUUUUUGUCAAGGUUGGUGAUGACAAGACCAGAUUUCUUGUCGGAAACCUCUCACAGAAGAUUCCUCAACUCUCUAUCAAUUUCAUGAUUGAGCAAGACUUUGAGCUCUCUCACGAUUGCAAAACAAGCAGUGUCUAUCUUCUUGGUACUAAGAUCCCUGAUAUGGAUGCGGUUAAUUCUGAGUUUGAUUCAGAGGAUGAGGACAUUCCCAUGUAUAUGUUUCAAAAUGAAUUAGCGUCCAAUGAUCAAAAGGCAAUGGAAGCUGCUGAGUCUGACUCAAACGAGGAAGAUGAAUCUGACUCUGAUGAGGUGGGUUCGGAUGAGGAUGAGGAUGAUUCAGAUGAAGAAGAAGAAGAAGAGGAAGCACCUUUGAAGGUGGAGCCUCCGAGCAAGAAGGGGACUAAUGGUGGAGCAACGAACAACAAACAAAAACCUAAACAUGCACAUGAUGAGAUUACACCAAUGAUUGGAGGAUCAGGGUGCUGCUGUGCUCGAAAUGCUAGAAGAAGACAUUGA